AGAGUGCUGGUGGCAUCCCGUAACUUUGCAAAUGAUGCUACAUUUGAAAUUAAGAAAUGUGAUCUUCAUCGAUUGGAGGAAGGCCCCCCUGUUACAACUGUGCUCACCAGGGAGGAUGGGCUCAAAUACUACAGGAUGAUGCAGACUGUUCGCAGAAUGGAAUUAAAGGCAGAUCAGCUGUAUAAACAGAAAAUUAUCCGGGGCUUCUGCCACUUGUGUGAUGGUCAGGAAGCAUGCUGUGUGGGGCUGGAGGCCGGUAUAAAUCCCACGGAUCAUCUUAUUACAGCUUAUCGGGCUCAUGGCUUUACCUUUACCCGGGGUCUUUCUGUCCGAGAAAUUCUCGCAGAGCUAACAGGACGAAGAGGAGGUUGUGCUAAAGGAAAAGGAGGGUCAAUGCAUAUGUAUGCCAAGAACUUCUAUGGGGGCAAUGGCAUCGUUGGCGCUCAGGUCCCCCUGGGAGCUGGAAUUGCUCUGGCCUGCAAGUACAAUGGAAAAGAUGAGGUCUGCUUGACGCUCUAUGGGGACGGUGCUGCUAAUCAAGGUCAGAUAUUUGAAGCUUACAAUAUGGCAGCUUUGUGGAAAUUACCUUGUAUUUUUAUCUGUGAGAAUAACCGUUAUGGAAUGGGAACAUCUGUGGAGAGAGCAGCAGCCAGCACUGACUACUACAAGAGAGGCGAUUUUAUUCCUGGGCUGAGGGUAGAUGGAAUGGAUGUCCUGUGUGUCCGGGAGGCUACAAAGUUUGCAGCUGCCUACUGCAGAUCUGGAAAGGGGCCUAUACUGAUGGAGCUGCAGACUUACCGUUACCACGGACACAGUAUGAGUGAUCCUGGAGUCAGCUACCGUACACGAGAAGAAAUUCAGGAAGUAAGAAGUAAGAGUGAUCCCAUUAUGCUUCUCAAGGAUAGAAUGGUGAACAACAACCUUGCCAGUGUUGAAGAAUUAAAGGAAAUUGACGUUGAAGUGAGGAAAGAAAUUGAAGAUGCUGCCCAGUUUGCUACAGCUGACCCUGAACCACCUUUGGAAGAGUUAGGCCAUCACAUCUACUGUAGUGAUCCACCUUUUGAAGUUCGUGGUGCCAAUCAGUGGAUUAAGUUUAAGUCGAUCAGUUAGAUCAAGGGAGGGUAC